AUGGAGGAGAAUUGUCGUCAUUUGACGACUAGUGACAUUGACCCAAGAUACGCUGUCACCGACAGUCCACUGGAUCUUAGAGGAUCUUCGACGGAACAACCGGAAGGGAAAUCAGAAAAAGAUAAAUCGAAGAAAACCAAUCAUCAAUUAAUCAAACCACCCUACUCAUAUAUAGCUCUCAUUACAAUGGCGAUUCUUCAAUCUCCUCACAAGAAAUUAACCUUAAGUGGUAUAUGCGAAUUCAUUAUGACAAGAUUUCAUUAUUAUAGAGAAAAAUUUCCCGCUUGGCAAAAUUCUAUUCGACACAACCUCUCGCUUAACGAUUGCUUUAUAAAAAUUCCACGAGAACCAGGAAAUCCAGGAAAAGGCAACUAUUGGACGUUGGAUCCCUUGGCAGAAGAUAUGUUCGACAAUGGAAGUUUUUUACGAAGAAGAAAGCGGUAUAAGCGACCGUCUCCAAACCUCAUGCUGCGGGACCAUCACGCAUCCGCCAUGGUUGCUUCAUUUCUAUCCAGUCAGGAGAAUUAUCACCAUAGUAUAUUCAGCCACGCAAGUAUGCACAAUCCAUAUCCAUAUAUUCCUGGGAUUCCAGCAAAUAUACCGCCCAAUUUACCACUUUUGAGCCCUAUGGAUUUAUCCAGAUUAAGCCUGAGUCAUCUAGGUUUAUUGCCACAACCAACUAUAUGCAAGCCAGUGCCAGUGCAGCCACCAAGUGUAACAACUGUUUCCGACAAUGAAGAUUAUGGUGUCACAGAUAUUAAGAAGAGCAAAAAUGGUUUUUCCAUAGACUCUAUUAUGGGGAAUGAGAGUAAUCGGGGGAAGAACGACAUGAGUCCUGAUAUUAGCCUCACCAGGAUUCACAACCAAGGAUCUGCAUUUUCGCCGUUGUCUUCUAGUGACGAUUGGACCAGGUGA